AAAAACAAUGCUCUUCCCUCGCACUUGCGUAUGUUUUGAUCGAAGACAGAGCCACUUUUGUUGAGGAGACAGUCCGUGCUCUCAGUCUGUCCUGACCUUUGCUUCUGUUAUCGCGUAUUGGGUCGUUCAAACUGUGAAUAGGCGAUCACACAGAUAACAAAGUUUGACAGUUCGUUUAGGGACUGCCGCGUCUGAUACUUGUAUUUUUCACCUGUCUUCAAACCCCAGGUAAUCAUCGCGAGAUUUCACUGACAGGGUUGGUCAAAAUCUCAUGUCGGCGGAAAAAAAGUGGAGUUUUGAUUAGGAAAACCAAAACAAAUGUGAGCAGCGACCUUUAUAAACAAUCAGCUGAAACGAGAUACAAGAGUGAGUGAAACUCAUUCACCGAUACUCAACCACAGGUUACACAAUGAGCCAGCCACCCAGAAACCAGCGUACACACAGAGAGAGAAAUGGUGAAGAGAGAAGACAAAAUGGUGAAAAGAGAGACAGAGACCCCCGCAGUCAACAGGACCGUCCUAGUGACCGACGACCAGGCAAUGAAAGAACCAGAUCAUCUGGCCAGUCCUCAUACCAAACCAGAGGGUCUCAGAGACCUGCGAGGAGCACUUCUCAAAGGGAGCACAUGGAGUCCAAGUGCACUUACAUCUGUUCUAGGAGAGGUAUUGUGUUGAUUUGCACCAUCCUGACCAAUGCCUUGGUGCUCAUCUGCAUAGUGGCUGCCCACAUGUCACAGCUGGGCAUGUCUGCGAUGGGAAUGGGUGGAACAAGCUUCAUUGAUGCUAUCAUUCCUUUCGAGGGGACGGAGCUGCAGACGGUGCGUAAUCUUGACAUGCAGUACGGACAAAUGAGAGCACCUGGAGUCUAUGGAGGCGUGGCCUUCAGCCUCACUUUCGGUGCUCUUUCGCUCCUAUUCGUAGUUUCCAGUGGCAAACCCGCUCACGUGCUUCCACGGAAGCUCCUGAUUGGACAGUUUGCAUUCCAGAUCAUUGGUGCAGUGGCUUACGUGAUUGCGGUGGGUUUGUACCUGCACCUUGUGAUCUCUGUGAACUCAACCGACGUGUGCAUUAUGCGCGAACGACUGUACGCUCGUAACGGAUAUACCUGGAUGAAUUGUAGUGUGAAUGGGGGGGACGCAUCUGUAGCACUGUUUGGAAUCAUAACCGCAAUUCUGUAUGCCGUUGGUGCUGUUUUUACUGCCAAAACAAUCCGGGAUGUCGAUCGUUUUCUUAAGGAGCGUGAUCACUUCGAAGCUGAACAAAGAGAAGAACCCAGAGGUCCUCAGACGAGACCUCUUAAUUCUGACAUUUACAUCUGAGUUGUGGAGCAUAAGCACUAUGGACUGUACAUAAACUGAUUUUAAUUUUGUUUUAUGUUUUUUAGGAUUCUUUUUUACUUUUAGGACUUUUUAUGCGUAUUAGAAUGCAAUUGAUCUCAGGAUUUAGUUAUUAAUAUAGUUUUGUUUUUAAAAAUGUUUUAAUUAAUAAAUAUUGAAUACAGUACAAAAAUGA